GUUACAUUUGAUUUUUUUUAAAUUUAUGGCCAGACCUUUCAGCCAAGUAUUUUUUAUUUGAUAUUCCAAAUUUGAAAAUGAGGGUCAAACCGAAUUUGUCGUUUUCGAAACUGGACAACGAGACGGGGGAGCUUCUCGAUAGAAUGUUUGAGAAGAAAGAUUGUAUGGUUGAGAUUAAUCCUGGAAGAGUUAUUCUACCGGCGGAUUAUAUGACGAUUGGGCAGGACAUUUUGGAUAUGGAAGUGCUGGAGAAUGAUGUUUGGAUGUGCUCGUAUCCUCGAACUGGUUCAACAUGGUGCCAAGAAAUGGUUUGGCUCAUCGGCCACGAUCUGGACUACGAAGGCGCUAAAUCUUUGCAACAGAUCCGCUGUCCGCUGGUGGAGCUGUCAUGCAUCAUGGUGGCUGGACAUUCGGAAUGGCAUGACGAGUCUGUAAAGGGAACAUCGGUGGACCUAGUAAAGUACCGGCUAGCCAGACCUCGGUAUAUCCGCAGUCACCUCCCUUGGGACCUGCUACCCGUGGACAUACAACGCGAAGAUGGACAGGCCAAAGCCAAGGUGAUCUACACAUCACGCAACCCUAAGGACAUGGUGGUAUCGUACUACCACUACUGCACACUGGUACACGGCUUGAAGGGGACCUUUGAGGAGUUCUGUGACCUUUUUAUGCGCGACCGAGCGCCUUUCGGGCCUGUAUGGAACCACAUUCUUGGCUUCUGGAACCGCCGGAACGACCCCAACGUCCUGUUCAUCAAGUUCGAAGAAAUGAAGCACGACUUACCCUCCGUGGUCAGAAGAACUGCCGACUUCCUUGGAAAAACCAUGACUAAUGACCAAGUGGACAAACUUUGCGACCAUCUCUCCUUCAAGAAAAUGAAGAGUAACCGAGCGGUGAACCUGGAGCCGAUCCUCCAGAAAUCCUUCGGCAAGGGCUACUUGGAGGGAACCAAGCUGAGGUUCAUCAGGAAAGGGGAGAUCGGAGAUUGGAAGAACUACAUGUCGGAUGAUCUUUCGAGAAGGUUCGAUCAGUGGGCGGAGCAGCAUCUGGAGGGGACUGGUUUGAAGUUUGAAUAAGUUUAACAACGGGCGUAGCACACUAGUUGGAUAAACUUUAUCGCAUCGGUGCGUCUCUAUCGCACUUAAUAGUACGAAAAGGACGGCCUGGCGUUACUUAUAUCGUUUAUCACGCGACCGUGCUUGCCUGCCUAGUAUCUUGAUUCUGAUAUACUGAAAUGUUUAAACAAGCAUUAGACCCAUUAGCUUUACAUCAGAAAGCGUUAUAGCCCAUAUAUAAAGAAAGGUAUCUGUCGUUGAAAUUUGUAAACAUUCAACCUGUUAAUUUUAUUGCUAAGGGUUGCCACUCUUGAGUAGUUUCACGUAUUCUGCCUUCUUUUUUUGACGAUACAUAAACAUGUAUGUAUGUUAUAGAAAAUGACAAUCGAAGUAGGUAUAAUAAUUAUGAAAAUAAUCACGUGAGUUGUAGUGCCUGCCAUUACAAUUGAAUUUUUUAAUAUUCGGUUAGCGUUUCUCUGUAAACUUCUUUUGUUCAGAGCAUUUUGGCGUUUUCACAAACCGUGCCCAAAAACCUUUAUCUACUCAGCAUCGACUGGACUAUACAAAAAAAGUCAAAUAAUUUCCGUUCCACUACGUCACAUUUUUAGUAAAAAUAUUUUUUCAGUACCUACAGAUGGUCGUUUUUUACGCACUAGUUCGAGAAGUGGUUCAUUAUA